GAAAUCAUAGAACAUAACGGCUUUAUAAAAAUGAAGAAAUAGGGAAUAAGCAAACAUGGCUCUGAUUACUGUAGUAUUAGCAUUCUUGGGUGUCUGGUCCGUAUCAGCACAAGUUUCACAACGAGCUAUGAUAAAACACCAAGGAGAUUAUACAAUAAUUACCUGUGAUGCUUCCCUUGCCGGAGUACCUGAAACAGCAACAGAGCUAAAAAACGUGUCGUUGUUCUGGCAAAAUGUAGAAUUUGAUCGCAACUCCUAUCUGUUGUACGAAAUAACAGUAGAUCCACACAAUAGAGAAAAACCCCGCGUAAGUCUGAUCAAACCAAGCUGGAAAGACCACUGGAUCCCGAUCUCAUAUUCCAAGAACUUAAAGCCCAACAUGAGAAUCAAGAAGUACGAAGCCUCGUUGGGUGUGGUUAUUACAAGAAGCACGCCCCAGGAUUCGGGCAUGUACUGCUGUAGUUCCACUUACUUCACCAUCACCGACGCCACACGUGAAUCACGGAAUUGCAAUUAUUUACCAGCCUACGGUAUUCGAACCCAGGCAUACUCAACAAGCGGGAGCUCAGUCAAGACAGUUACCGGGAGUCUAAUCUUCGGUUUGCUGAUUUUCCUCAUGGAAUCUGCUCAAAUUUUUAGGGGUUAAUAAAAGUCUUGUUCUUCGCAUAAAAGGCAAAAACCAUCUUGAGGAUUUAUCAACUAACGAUAUGUCUCAUCUUAUGAUAAAAGGAAAACAUAAAAGUUCAUAAUAUUUUACAAGAUCGUGUAAUAAGGCAACAAAAAUCAUCUGGAAGUUUUAUCAACAAGCGAUAUGUCUCAUAUUGUGCUAUGAGGACAGCAUAAAAGCUCUUCGUUUUUUACAUCGUGAAAGAGCUACAAAAACAUUUCUGAAAAUAACAUCUGAAAGAAAUUAUUAAACAUCAUAUAGAAGAAUUAAAAUUUGA